AGCGGAAGUGCUGCGGCUUCGUGUGAACUUGACCAUUCUUCCGUGAUACUCGGUGAUUGACAUGUUGCCUGUGCUGGUGGUCCAUGGAGGGGCGGGUCAUAUCCCAGAGGAGCGAGCUGAGAGGUCCACUGCAGGAGUGUGUUCAGCAGCCCGAGCCGGGUACGCUGUCUUCCAGAGAGGAGGCAGCAGCAUGGACGCUGUGGUGGAGGCUGUGACCCAGCUGGAGAACAACCCAUCCUUCAAUGCAGGGUGUGGAUCGGUGCUGAAUGUUAAAGGAGAGGUGGAGAUGGACGCCAUUGUGAUGGAGGGGAAGACACUGGCUAGCGGUGCCGUCUGUGCUGUCCGCAACAUAGCAAACCCCGUCCAGCUUGCAAGACUGGUCAUGGACAAGACCAGUCAUGCCUGUCUGACAGCAGAGGGUGCCAAUCACUUCGCCCGGUUAAUGGGUGUCCCCGAGGUGACCCAAGAGUCCCUCAUCACUGAGUACUCCCGCAUGCGCUGGAAAAAGAACCUAACCCCGGACGCCAACCCUGUGGAGUGCCAAAUGGGGAAGAUGGGAACAGUUGGAGCCGUGGCUGUUGACAGCGAAGGAAACGUAGCCUGUGCGACCUCGACCGGUGGGAUUCUGAACAAGAUGGAAGGACGGGUGGGUGACACCCCCUGUAUAGGAUGUGGAGGGUAUGCCGACAACCAGUCGGGAGCCGUGUCGACUACAGGCCACGGAGAAGCCAUCAUGAAGGUUACACUCGCCAGACACAUCCUGUUCCACAUGGAGCGAGGUCAGUCAGCAGAAGCAGCCAGUGACUUGGGUCUGGCCUACAUGAAGUCCCGGGUGGGGGGCCUGGGUGGGGUGGUGACGGUGGAUCCACAGGGCAACUGGGCAGCUCGCUUCUCCAGUAAGCAAAUGUCGUGGGCUGCAGUCCAGAAAGACACUUUACACUACGGCCUGUACACUGGAGAACACGUCACAAAGAGCAUCGCUGAGCCACAAUGAAAGAGAACACAAGCAUUGAAGAUGACGGGACAGAAAGCUACAAUGAAAUUAAAGAUGAAAAUAUGAUUAAAUCCUAAUACUUACUGAUCAAACCUACAGUCUGCACAUCCCAGCAGAGAAUAUAUGCAAGGAAAGCUGUGAGAGUUAUUUUUAAUGAAGUUAUAGCUUAUUAACUGCAAGAUGGAAGUCAUUAAGAGACAAACAGAAAAUCUGAUUAGUCCCCAUCAUUAAAAUAUCUACAUCAAUCCCAUGAAGCCUUCCACAUCUAGACGUUGUUGUCCAGAAAGUGACAAGACUUUCUGCUGAAGUAAAAAUCCGAAGUAAAGCAUAUGAACUUCAGCUGGAACAGGGUUUAUUUACAGGAGCUCACUGAUCUGGAUCUGCAAGCUGUCAUACACGCAGGAGGAAGAUAAUCCAACUGCAUAGUCAAACAAUCUGUAUGUGAGAGAUGAUUUUUGUCUUAUACCACAAAUCAGCAAAUCUGCUAAGUAGUUUUUGUUGCCAGAAGGAAAAGUGAAGUUAAAGCUUAACAUGUGGGGGCAAAAAAAUAAUCUUCAUACUUUUUAUAGUCUUAAUUUUUUCCUAUAGUUAGUUUUAAACUUUACCACAGUUUUGCACAAAUAACUAUAAUUCUUCUAUUUCAUUUAAAAAUGGAUGCAAAUUAAAAACAAUAUUAACCUGAUCUGUGCUGGAUUAGUUGGCAGACACAGGAAAUGUAGAUUAGUGUUGCACUGAAUUCAAAUGAUGGAAAUUUAGACUUUUUUUUAAACUUAUGUCUUGAUAUAAAUGAAUGUAAAAUUGUCUGAGCAAAUAACAUCAAAUUUGUGUGUUUUUUCAAAAUGUAAUAAUUCAAUACUUAGAUACCAAUAAUAGAGGGAAAACACAUUAAACACUGUGAUUUAGAUUUUCACCUCCUCAUCUUGUGUAAUGAAAUAAAUAAUAGUACUGAGUUGAAGCUCUGUGUUGAAUCAGUAAAUCUUGUCAUUUUUUUGUAUUAGUGGAGGAAUUUAGUUGAGCUUAAAAGUAAAGCUUUGCUCUCACUACAAAGUCUGAACUGUGGCCAGUAUUUCUGCAGCGCUGCUGACCAGAUGAUGACUGUUAAUGGUGAAGUUUUUUUUUAGAAAAACACAAAUGAUAACAAUGAAUGCCUUUAAUCACUGAC